GAUAUGUCAUCAGCAAACAUGACCUUUAAUCCAGAUCAUGAUACGAGCGAAGAAGAGAAGUGUGCAGUUAUUGACGAAUUUUCUAUAGGCAAGAAAAUAACGGAAAGCUUUGAAGAGGAUGUGAAAUUAGUUGAAUCAGAUAUACCGAAUAUAAUAAAAAAUGAGGAUAUGAAAAUUAUCGAUGAAAUCGAUAAGUUGACUCCAGAAAUAAUAGAAUAUAAUCAAAACAUCAAGCUCAUAAACAAGGAUAAGAAGAUUGUUACUACCAUCAGACGUACUAUUAUUACAUACGCAGAAAACUUGAACGGACUCAAACUCCCCGUUUCAGAGUUUGACUUCAAUAAUGCUUUUCUGAAUAUGUUAAUAAAGAGAUUCUUAGAUAAACAAAAUCUCAAAAUGGACAGGUUGGCCAAAAGUGUGACUUUCGGAGAUAGUGUCAAUAGCCUCAAAGCUAUUAUCGGACUUAAGAGUGGUGGACUCCCAGUUGCCCAUCACAAGAAAGUUAUUGAGAAUCAGAUUGACCUUUCCAUAGUUAUACGUGACGUCUUAUAUAAUUUUUUCAAAACAAAUUCUAAUGCAUCUGAAAAUGAUCUCUAUCAUACAUACAUCCUUGACUGCAAAGCUACGAACGUAUUACACUUAGGAAGACUUUCUCAGAUUAAUAUGCCAAAUACCAUGAAAACACUCACAAUUCUCAAGGGGUUCUAUACACUCAUAUCAGACAUUAAUGAAUCAAAGAGGAAAAAUGAGCAUUAUAAUCAAAGUGAGCCAUUUGGUGUCUCUUCAGAAGGUCCAAUAAAUAAGAAAGACAAGAAACGUGAAGAUUAA